GCAUUGGCACGCCAUCUCCGUUCAUGUCCGUCAAGCUGCAAUCCGUUGCCUACGUUAGCGGUUUUAGCUUAUUUUAAUGCUAAUACCCUAUUUAGAUGUGGUAAAACCUAGUAUUAUCUGAUAAUUUGUUUCUCUAAAAUAUAUAUAAUUGAGCGAAUAAGUUCGCUUAAACUUCAAUUAUGGCUUCGAGUGAAGGGCGAAGUGCUCAGUCAAACUUGCAUCAGCAAGACCUAACCAAAUUGGAUGUUACCAAACUAUCUGCCUUAUCCCCUGAAGUAAUAUCAAGGCAAGCAACAAUAAACAUUGGUACCAUUGGGCAUGUAGCCCAUGGAAAGUCCACUGUUGUAAAGGCUAUCUCUGGAGUGCAGACUGUACGAUUUAAAAAUGAACUGGAGAGGAACAUUACCAUCAAGUUAGAGCGCCUGUCCGACUCAGUUGUUAAAAUGUAUCGUGAAAGAGCUGAUGAAAGAGAUGAAAAUGUAUUCUUUGAGAAAUUGAAGAAAUCAAAGAAGAGGAACUUAUCAGUAGAUUCCGAAGAUGAAGAGGUCCCUGCUGCCAAAAAACAGAAAAAAAGCAAACAAGAAGCAGAAGAAUACAUUAUUGAAAAAAUUCUAGACUUUAAAUUUAAUUCUGGUAAAGAAUACUUCUACAUAAAAUGGAAAGGAUGGCCAGACAGUGAAAAUACAUGGGAACCAAUUGAACAUCUAGAUAAUUGUCCUAGUGUACUGAAGGAAUUUUUAGUUAAUGAAGAACUAAAAUAUUGCAAUAAAUUGGAAACACUUAAGGAAGAGAUCUCAUUUGGAAAUCUAUUGAGUGAAGAACAACUAAUAAAGAGAUUUUCUGAAAUAGAAGACAGUAAUAUUUCUAAAUUAAAAGAAGCCCUCACAUUAAAAUUGCUAUCAAUGAUUAUUUUGUCUGAAGAACAAGAGCUUUACGCUACAGAUCUUGUCCAGGAAGCAAGAGACAUCUUACAAUUAUAUGUAGUAACAAGAAAAAGAUGUCGGCAGUUAAUGAAACUAAAGCAUUGGGAGCUACAUUUAAAUCAGGUUGAUAAAUCUAAAAAGCUUGUAGUGGAAAAUAAUUUUGAUUUGGCAGGUCCACCUGAAAACUUUACCUAUAUUAACCAAUGUAUACCUGGUAGUAGUGUCACAAUUCCUAGUGAUCCCCCAAUUGGGUGUGAGUGCCAGGCAUGCAACUGUCGUUCUAAAAGCUGCUGUGGUAUGCAGGGCGGAUUUUUUGCUUAUACUGCCAAGAAAAGACUGAGAGUUUCUCCAGGAACACCAAUCUAUGAAUGUAACAAAGCUUGCAAAUGUUCAACAGAAUGCUGUAAUCGUGUUGUACAAGGAGGGCGAAAUAUUAAGUUGAGUAUAUUUCGAACAUCAAAUGGUUGUGGAUGGGGAGUUAAAACAGAACAACCCAUUAAACAAGGUCAAUUUCUUUGUCAAUAUGUUGGCGAAGUUAUAACAUUUGAAGAAGCUGAAAAACGUGGACGAGAAUAUGACGCUAAUGGCCUGACAUAUUUAUUCGAUCUCGACUUUAAUUCUGUAGAGAAUCCCUAUGUAGUGGAUGCAGCUCAUUUAGGAAAUGUAUCACAUUUCAUUAAUCAUUCCUGUGAUCCUAAUCUUGGUGUGUGGGCAGUAUGGGCGGAUUGCCUCGAUCCUAACCUACCUAUGUUAGCUUUAUUUGCAACGCGAGAUAUUGAAAUGGGUGAGGAAGUAUGUUUUGAUUACUUGCAAAAAGCCUCAGAGAAUGAUGAAGCAGAAGCUAAUGGUACAAGUGUUGAUAAAGAUAGUUCUUUCGACACUGAAAUACCGAGUGGAUCAGAAGCUACUGCUGGUGUGGCUCCAGUGUCGCCAGUUAAGUCUCGAUUUGAAAUUCAGCAGCAAAAUAGAACAAUGCUCAGAAAUCUUACUGAAUGUAGAUGUGGUGCAUUAAAAUGCCGAAAAUACUUGUUUUAAAUGUUAAUAUUGUUGUUAUAAAUAAUAUUUACAAUUAGAUACAUCAGACUUAUUGAAAUGACACUGUUUUGUAAAAUGUUACUAAAAUGGGUUGUUCAAUUUAGGAGAAUCUCAUUUGGGACAAUAUUGAUAUUGACUAACUUGUUUUUGAAAAUGAGAAAUCCACAACAUAGUAUGAAUUAACACAAAAUAUUUUUGUAAUGCGUUUUUAUUACAAUUGCCUUGGCAAAUAUUCCUGAUAAAUUUAUAAUUGUUGAUACCACACUUAAAAAUAUUAUGAAAUAUUUUUGGUGCGUCACUCGCCUUUUACUCGCGACUUUAAACAGAACUGUACCUAAAGUAGGUAAACAGAUAAAUUGUCCUCGACUUAUGUCAAUUCGAUAUAAGAGGGUUUUGACAAAAAAUAAUAAUGAGGUGCUAAAAUUGCCUUAUGUAAAUAUAAUGAAAGUAUUAUUAGAAACAAUGGAUUUGUUACUGUUAGUGAAUUGUUGUAUUUGGAAUUAUCGUUUGUGUUCCGGUGUUUAUGCUCAUAAUUUAGUAUUACACAUUAGUCUCUCAAAACCCUGAAUGGGUCGGGCGAACGAUUAUUAGAAGGUUAUGAAACUCAUGUUUGAGAAGCCCCUUAUAAAAAUUACGUAGCAAACCUAUGGUCAGUGAGACAAACUCAAAUGUUGUUUAAGCCUUUUUAAAGGCAUAUUUUAGAUAGACAUUACUGUAUUGAUUAAUUAUAUUACUAUGCCUUAUUGUAGUACCUUUCUAAAAUUUUACAUUUUUAAUAUAAUUUAGUUUAAUAAAAGUGUUAAUUUACCUGAA